AUGUGCGACUGGGUUACUUGUCAAUAUAACGUGAAAUCGAUACUUCCGGGAGGUCUGGCAGCUGAAGAUGGAGUACUACAACCUGGUGACGUGCUGGUACGAGUGAAUGGCGAGCUACUGCUUGGUGCCUCUCAGUCAGAUGCCUGUCGAAUUUUUGUGAAUAUCCCUGUAGGCGAUCCAGUUGCUAUACAAGUUUGCCGCGGCUAUCCACUACUGUUGGAUCCGUCGAAUCGGAUAAUCACUGAAAACGUUUAUCAAACGGGUGGCAGAAGUCGAGACUUGCACGAAAUCGAAAUUAUCAAAGGAUCGGAAGGAUUCGGGUUUACCAUUGCUGACAGCGCUACGGUACUUCGCUUUUUUACUUUAAUAUCACGAACACCGGCCGCUGAAUUCCGUUACGGCGAACAAGGACGAGCCAAUACACAGCCGACGGUUUCACCACGAUCGAAGACUCCUGCUCCUUUGACCCAUCGACAAGAGUCAGAUCCCAACAUGCCAACGACCCGAGCUCAAACUUUGCAAAGGCAGCCCAAUGUGACCCCAUCCUCGGAUGUUUGGGAUGGCCCAAGUGCGGUUAGUUCACGAAUGCGACCAUCAUCAACAACUCUCGGCUUCGCUACACCCAACUAUAUGCCGAUCAGUGCGUUCCAGUUCAAUAAAUACCGAAAAUUUACUGCCUUCUUAGGAUCGGUCUACUUCAAACUUUCGAAUUUCAGGCCCAGCGAUUUGAUAACAGUUAAUCUGAUUCGGAAACCAAACGGAUUCGGAUUUCGUUUGCUCGGUGGAAGCGAGACAAGCACACAGUUGACGGUUGGUCAAGUGGUGCCAGGAGGAGCGGCUGCCGAUGACGGCCGAAUGCAAGAAGGCGAUGAGAUCAUCGAGAUAGACGGACGUAAUGUUGAAGGUGUCAGUCAUGUGGAAGCUGUGUCACUUUUGGAGCAAGCUGCUCACAGCAGACAUGUGAAGCUCGUCGUAAGGCGGCCACGAAGCGAAGCGUUACGUCGUCAGUCUGUGCACGCCGAACGACCAUUGUCGGGUAUGCCUACGGUGAACUCGGGAGAGUACGAUGUCACUUUGACUCGGAACGAAACCGAUGGUUUUGGUUUCAUCAUAAUUUCGUCUUUGAACAGAAAUGGAUCCACCAUUGGUCAAAUACUUGAAAAUUCACCGGCGGAGAAAUGUGGACGUUUGAAGGUCGGUGACCGAGUGGUAGCAGUAAAUGGUAUCGACAUUCUGAAUCUGACGCACGGAGAGAUCGUUGGUCUCAUAAAGGCGUCUGGGCUUACAGUACGUCUUACCAUCGCUCCACCGAUGCAGGAUGGUGGUCCAUUGGCGUCCAGCACAUUGAAUCGUUCGGUCCUUCCCAAUUCAUACAUCUCGUCACCGCCUGCAACCUUCGUUCCCCCUCCGCCGACGUUCCAAAAUGGUGGUUACUAUGCCACGCUUGGACGGGACAGUCCGAUAAUCUCGGUGGAAUUGGAACGUGGUGCUCGCGGAUUUGGCUUCUCGAUUCGUGGUGGACAGGAAUUUGGUGCCAUGCCGUUGUUUGUACUGCGAAUCGCCGAAGACGGUCCAGCAGCGAUCGAUGGCCGAUUGAAGGUCGGAGAUCAAUUAAUUUCAAUAAACGGUCGUGAUACAAAAGGUCUUACACAUGAGGAAGCCAUACAACUUAUCAAGCAACACCCAAGUGUUCGUCUCACCGUUCGUCGCCAUAAACUUCCCUAA